AUGCCUCCUUUAUUAACGGAGGUGAAGCCGGCGGGUUACCGCCCUCAGUUACGCGUCUGCUAUCUUUGCGGUCAGCAGUUCGGUAGCGCCUCCAUUGGCAUUCAUGUUCCCCAGUGCUACCAGAAGAAGCUCAGUCAGUGGGAAGUGACGGACCCGGCUGUGCGAGGCCCAAAGCCCAAGCACCCCGACAUGGUCAAGUGGAAAGGCGGCAACGGUGCCUCGGUUGAGGCUAUCAAUAGAGAACAAUAUCAGGAGUUCAACUCCCAGCUAGUCGCGUGUCCGCACUGCGCCCGCACUUUUCUGCCGGACCGGCUGCCGGUGCACCUGCGCGGCUGCAGAGGUGACGGCAAGGUUGGUGUCCCGUCGUCUAAAGCGAAGGCGGACGGGGGCGGAGGCAGCACACCAGGAGGCGGCAAACACAAAAGCGAGCCGCGGCGCGCGGCUGGAUGCCGGUCGCUCUCCCCCGGCCCCCCGCUUCUCCCGACGUGUUACCUGUGCGGACAGCAGUUCGGCACCGCCUCCAUCGGGAUCCACGUGCCGCAGUGCUACGAAAAGAAGCUGGCACAGUGGCAGAACGCCGACCCACACUCGCGUGGCCACCCUCCGAAGCACCCCGACACGGUGAAUUGGCGCGGCCGUCCCGGCGCCUCACCGCGCGAGCAGGCCGAGGAGCAGUUUCAGGAGUUCAUGAACAACCUAGAGGAGUGCCCCAACUGCAGUCGCAGAUUCUUGCCAGAGCGACUAGUGGUGCACUUGCGCUCUUGCCGCCCCGACAAUCCACCCAAACCAACCUCUCCGCGCAAGGCAAAGACGGGUGGGGGCGCCAGAUGUCCUACGCCCACAACGGCGACAACACCAGCAGACACUGCAGCCACAAAGGCUAGCAUCGGUGGCCAGACACCGCGCAGUGAGAAGCAGCAGCGGAAGCAAGAGCCGCCGACUUCCUCCGCCGGCGAGGACUGGAUUCACCCGAAGCGCAACCGGCUCACUCGCCACUCUACCCUCCCCACCGAGAGCCGCGUGUGUCCGCAGUGCGAUGCAGUAGAGUACGACGCUGAUGCAAAGUUCUGUCGCGAUUGCGGCCACAACUUCGUGCCCAAGCCGCUGUCCAACUCGUGCCAGCACUGUGGAGAGCGCAUCCCGCAUGGCUCGCGGUUUUGCGGAACGUGUGGGCAGCCCGUUCAAGGCGCGUCAGCGCAUGAGCUUACUCCAGGCGGUCCGAACAAGCAUGCGUCAACGGUGCGCCGCGUCGUGUGCCCGGCGUGCGAGGCGAUCAGCGACGCCGACGGCAACUUUUGCGACAACUGCGGCGCCGCGCUUGGUGAUGCCGAUCUCACCCCAGCCCCUGCAGCAGCAGGAGCAGCUGCGACGCCUCCUUCCACCCGUGCGGGAGGUUCUACUGAGCACAAGGCGGUGCUUUAUUGCGCGAAGUGCAAGGAGACUGUAGAGGACACAACGGCUGUUUUUUGCGAGGACUGCGGAGGGCGACUAGAGGCAUUGAAGGUGCUCACCACGAAAGACGAUGGUCCGCCUCUUCGCGCUGAUGGCACACUACCGCCAUCCGAUGUUGCACGCCUGAAGGUGGCGAGGGCAAGCACGCCACAGCGGCCCUCCGCGAGCGAACCAGCCAAAACCGUCACAACGCCGGUGGCCAGCUCUGUUGCACCCGCCCGACCCCAAACGCGUAACGCCUGCACCCCUAUAGAAGAACACACUGAUGAAUUCCCUGCAUACGCUGAAGACGACCUGGUGCGGGUGCCUUGCAGUCACUGUGGUCGCCAGUUUGCCUCAGAGUCUCUGGCAAAGCAUGAGCGCAUCUGCUGCUCGCAGAAGAAGCGACGCGUCUUCAAUGCAACAAAGCAGCGGCUGCCAGAGGGGGCCACUGCCGCAGCCAAGCCCUCUGCCGGGUCGCAGCCGGCUGCCCCGAAGCGCGAUUGGAAGGCGGAGAGUGAAUCGUUUCGGCGCGCACUGCGCGAGGCUCGGCAGGUGGAUCAAGUCUUGAAAGCAGGCGGAACCGCCAAGGACUUGCCACCACCAACGUACUCGACGAAUCCCGAUUACGUGCCCUGUCCCCACUGCCAGCGCCGCUUUGCGCCAGACGUCGCGGCGCGUCACAUUCCGCGAUGCGCGAACACAGUCAACCGCCCAAAGCCACCCCCACGUCGUCGUUGA